AUGAAACUUGGUAUUUUAAGUAUAAUAUGUGCUUGUUAUUUGCUCCGGGAAUCAAUGGGGGCUUUGUCAUUGUCGGAAAACCUUGAUGUUACUACAGACUCUCAUUUGACAAACAAUGAUUUUGGUGAAGAUGAUAUGGUUUAUUUCAAUGCAGAUAUAACAAUUGACUCCGGAGUUAGUCUUAUACUUGAUGUUUACACAUUCAAUUUAGCUGGUAACUUUUUAAAUCGAGGUUAUACAUAUAUUAGAAACUUUUAUAGUUUACCAGAAAAUUAUAAUGAGAACCGGAAUGCUUUGUAUUUGAAUUUCAAUACCGAUCCAACUUCUCUUUAUGACUUUUCAAAUUAUGGUACACUUAUUGUAACUGAUAAUGAUACUAGCUGUGUAGCACCUAUGUAUAAAAUUGGUGGGCAGACUUUUUAUAAUGAAGGUAAUAUUUUAUUUGCCGAUGGCGGAAUUUGUAAUUAUGCCAAUUUCGGCCUUUUAAGUCUAUCUGUAAUCAACACAGGUGUUAUUUCAUUCUUUCUUAAUGAGGGUCAACUUAUGGGUCUUGCGUAUUUGGGUGAUGCAGGUACUACUAAUGAAGUCAUAAAUAACGGGACGAUUUGUAUGAGGGGAGGUACCUCGCUGCAGCAGAGUAUAUUGAAUGCGAAUUCACCUAUUUCUGGAAAUGGUUGUAUUAACGUUGGAUCGAGCUCAGUAUUUCAAUUGACCACACCUGAUACGUUCGGCACAGAUGGUAAUCAGAUGACUAUAUUUCUCAGCUCAGAAACCUCAGUUUUUUACAUUAGUUCAGCCAUUGUUGGUGCGUAUUCAUUUCUUGUAAAGGGAUGGGGGAAUGGGAAUUUUAUUGCUGAUUCUGAUUUUUCUAAUUCCGAAUGGACUUAUGUCGGUGAUACAUUGAGUGUGGCUUUCAAUAACGCAGUCGUUAAUUAUAUUGUUGGUUAUGGUUAUGACUCAUCUUUAAUUCUGAUGGAGCAAAUUGACAAUUACGGAUACGGGCUCACUUACGCAGGGCCACCUCCAGAUUCAUCAACUCCCGAUACCUGUCAGACUUGCCCACUGGUACUUCCACAAGUUGGUGAACCAUUCAUAGUUUCCGAUGAUGAUGAUAAUGAUGAGAUAGUUACUUCUAGUUCGGAACCAUCGCUGCUCACAGAUAGUUCCACUGUUCCACUGGUGAUAGUUCUAGCACUGAACCAUCGCUGGUCACAGACAGUUCCACUGGUGAUAGUUCUAGCACUGAACCAUCGCUGGUCACAGACAGUUCCACUGGUGAUAGUUCCAGCACUGAACCAUCGCUGGUCACAGACAGUUCCACUGAUGAGAGUUCCAGCACUGAACCAUCGCUGGUCACAGACAGUUCCACUGAUGAGAGUUCUAGCACUGAACCAUCGCUGGUCACAAACAGUUCCACUGAUGAGAGUUCUAGCACUGAACCAUCGCUGGUCACAGACAGUUCCACUGGUGAUAGUUCCAGCACUGAACCAUCGCUGGUCACAGACAGUUCCACUGAUGAGAGUUCCAGCACUGAACCAUCGCUGGUCACAGACAGUUCCACUGAUGAGACUUCCAGCACUGAACCAUCGCUGGUCACAGACAGUUCCACUGGUGAUAGUUCCAGCACUGAACCAUCGCUGGUCACAGACAGUUCCACUGGUGAUAGUUCCAGCACUGAACCAUCGCUGGUCACAGACAGUUCCACUGAUGAGACUUCCAGUUCAGAAGAAGAUCUAUCACUGA